AUGACAUUUUACGGGAAUGUCGGGCCAAGAGUGGGACAAGAACAAAGUACAUCGAAAGCUAUGGUUUUGUUCGUGCUGGUGUUCUUGAGAUCAUUCUUUCACCAUGAUGUCACCAGCAAGAAUCUUCAUCGUGUCGAAUGCUCGGGUUUGAUGGAGAGCACCAACCAGCGAUCCAUUCCAUUACGAGGAGCUGCGUGUUCUUCGCUUGGAAGCCGAGCAAUCACCCCGGCAGCCAUGCUUUUAGGAUCAGCGGAUGCUGCGAGAGGAAGAAACCAGCUCCAAAGCUUAACGAGGAUCGGUGGAGCGCAAUCUGGAAAACACCACUUGCAAGCGCGGUCUAGAAACCGAGAAAAACUUCUUAGCAUCGAGAAGAGGCUACUACCAAAGACUGCUGCAUCGCUAUCUGGAAGAAACCAUAUCCGAAACUUGUCAGCUAGGAGGACGCUGGAGCUUCUAGAACUGGCGCCUCCAGCAGUUCCAUCCGAAUCCAAAAGGCUCGUUCCAACGGGUCCCGAUCCUCUACACCACAGCACGAGAACUGAGACGCUGCAUCCAAGGCAACCUCUAGCGUGAGACAGCUCGAAAGAAAAUAUUUUCUGGCUAUGGCAUUAGCUGAAGUGUUCGAAAGCAAAAGAAAAAAAAA